CAUUCACCUGUUCUGCUGCGAAUUCAAGCGGAUACUCUGACUGUAGCGGCCAAUUGCACCAUAUACUUGCUUAGUCGCACGGUGAGGAUCAGAACACGCUCAGGUCUGGGAAAACGCCGUGUUCCUCUUCACAUCUUCCACUCCCUAAGCACUUCGUCUUUGAAGCUACCAAUUCCAGUAUCCACCGAAGUGAGCCAACAACCACCCACCUAUCUGUUGAGUCCUCCCUGCUCAGGCAAACCUAUCACGAAGCCGAGUCUUGUCCGAGAGUUCUUCUCGCGGCAUCUGCGUCUGAUGAUGUGUGCCAACAAAGGUGGUGGAGGCGUUGCCACCAUCUAUGUCCAUGCCGGCGCUGGCUUCCAUAGUGUUGUCAAUGAGCAUUUACACCUGCAGGCAUGCGAGAAGGCCGCGCGCUCAGGAAUGGCCAUUCUACGAAACGGUGGAACAGCUGUCGAGGCGGUCGAAAUGGCCAUCAUGUUCCUGGAGGAUGCAGAAAUCACCAACUCUGGCUACGGCAGUAAUUUGACAAUCGACGGUGAAGUCGAAUGUGAUGCUACCAUUGUCAAUCACCUCGGACGAAGCGGCGCAGUUGGAGCUGUGUCCCAAGUCAAGAAUCCCAUCCAAGUGGCACGGAGCAUCCUGAACACAUCAUCACAGCCACUAUCCUUGGCCCGUGUUCCCCCUAAUUUUCUGGUUGGACGGGGUGCCAGAGACUUUGCCUACGACCAGGGACUAGUGGUAUUGCCCCCUGAUGCUCUGAUCGCUCCGAGUGCGAAAGAAAGAUGGCGUCGCUGGCAGCAGGAGCUACAAGCUGCGGAGCACAAGGAACGGAACAAGCUGGGCAACUACAUCCCCUACCAGGCCUGUUAUCGCCGUCCUGUUGCGGUGAACCCGGCCUCAUUGGCCAAUUCGUCCAGUCCUCGUCUUCCCCCCUCGGCUGCACCCAACGCUGUUGUUCCCGGCUACUCGGAGCCUACAGACCCACGUUUGACCUGCACCACUGUCGCGCUAGCGGCACCAGCCCGCACACUUUCUGAUACCUCUGCACUUAAGGAUGGCAGAUACGUGGACGGAGUGUCUGGCGCAUCCGCUAUGGAUGUUGAUGGUUCGUCUGAAGCCUCAGCCACUCAAGGCUGGGACGAGAUGAAAUACGACGCCAUUAGUGAUACGGUUGGGGCCAUCGCUGUCGAUAGUUGGGGCAACAUAGCCGCAGGUUCAUCCUCUGGUGGUAUUGGGAUGAAGCAUUCUGGCCGUAUCGGACCUGCGGCACUUGUUGGUAUUGGCACAGAUGUGAUCCCUGCCGAUCCCAGCGAUCCUGAGAUGACUAGUGUCGCAACCGUAACUUCGGGGACAGGUGAGCAUAUUGCUACAACCAUGGCCGCUCAUACGUGUGCGAUGCGCAUUUACUACAGUCAAAAGAAACACCCCGACGGCACAUUCGAAGAGGUUUCUGAAGAGGAGGCAAUGAGCUCAAUGAUCGGCUCUGACUUUAUGGGCCAUCCCGGCGUCCGUGGAAGUAACUGCCAGGCAGCUAUUGGCAUCAUGGCAGUCAAGAAGACAACGCACGGCAUCUACCUCUACUUUGGCCACAAUACAGAUUCAUUCGUGAUCUCUUCCAUGAGCAGCGAGGAUAAACAGCCUGUGUGUGUCAUGUCCCGCAACAACGGCAACGGUAGCAUUGCUCAGGGUGGCCGCGCUACUCACAACAAACCGGCAUCGCCAGCGAAGUGAUGGGCAAGGUUGAACCUGCCUUCGCCGAUAAAUCCGCGCAAAUCUGGCACUGCGCUCCGAGUUGAAGUUGACCAGUUUCCAGAGUAAGUAUUUAUUGGUCUACCCUUGAACCUGCUAUUAUGAUUUCGACGUUGUGAUUUACCUAACGGAUCCUUAGAGAUGACCGACGAUUCCUCGGCCCAAACUUCAUUUUCCGGCCAAUGCUUCCUAUUUAGCCGAGCCCGGGCGAAGGUAGGGAUCAUUCUCACUGAAAGCUCAUCCACCAG